AUGGGAAGAAGAUUUUCGGAUUCGGAUGUUCAAAAUGCAAUUUUAGAUUUCCCCUUUAAAGUAGAGGCAGGAAUAAAUGACCAACCAUUUAUUGUUGUUCAUUAAUAAGGAAAAAUUUAGAAAAUUUUACCUGAAGAAAUUUGUUCCAUGAUAUUAGAGAAGUUAAAGAAAACAGCUGAAGCAUAUUUAGGCAAACCAGUUUCUUCGGCUGUAAUUUCAGUGCCAGCCUAUUUCAAAGAUCUAUAAAGAUAAGCCACUAAGGAAGCGGGAACCAGAAUUGGUUUGAACAUUUUGAGAAUCAUCAAUGAACCCACUGCCUCUGCUCUAGCUUAUAAUUUGGAUAGGAGUAUUCAUUAGGAAUUACAUGUUCUCGUUUUUGAUCUGGGAAGCAAAAAACUUGAUCUUAGUCUACUAUUUAUUGAGGAUGGUGUCUUUGAGAUGAAGGAAAAUCUUAUUAAUAGUAAAUUGAGUGGAAUCGAAUUUGAUAACAAACUUAUUGAAUAUUGUUGUACUUAAUUCUUAAAUAAGAAGGGUAUAGAUAUAAGAAAUAACUUAAAAUUAUUACAAAAGCUUCGAAUACAAUGUGAAAAGGCCAAAAAGGUACUUUCUUUUGCUGAUCAUGCUACGAUAGAGAUCGAUAAUUUUCAUAAUAACGAGGAUUUUCUAAUUACUAUUACUAAACCAAACUUUGAAAUGCUUUGCAUGAAUUUGUUUAAAUAAUGCAUUCAAUCUAUAGAUAGGAUUCUAAUGAAUUAAAAUCUCUUAAAGAAUCAAGUUAAUGAAAUAAUUCUUGUUGGAGGAUCUGCGAAGAUUCCAAAAGUCUAGGAAUUGCUAAAAGAAUAUUUUAAUAGAAAGAAGUCAUUGCUCGUGGAGCUGCUACUUAAGCUGCCAUUUUGA